AUGUCGGGAACAACACAGUGGGAAAACAUCUUCCACGGCCUCGACACCACGCCGGGCAAGCUCAGGAUGUCGCAGGGCGGUCUCGGCUGGAAACCCUCCGUGGGCGAAGGCACCACCAUCACCAUCCCCGCCGACCACAUGGCCUCCUUCCAGUGGAUCCGCGUCGCACGCAACUACCAGCUCUCCAUAUUCCUCGUCAAGGACCGCGAUGCACCCUCCUCGGCGCAGACCAACCCGCGACGCACCAACUUCGACGGCUUUGUGCGCGACGACUUUGAGCGCCUCUCGUCGAGCAUCCGCCAGUACUUCAACAAGAACCUCGACUCCAAGGAGGUCUCCACACGCGGAUGGAACUGGGGCCAGGCAAAGAUCACCAACCACGACGUCCAGUUCCUCGUGCGCGACAAGCUCGCCUUCGAACUGCCGCUCGCGCAUCUCGCCAACAGCAACAUCGCAAAGACAGAGGUGUCCAUGGAGUUCCUCAACCCAGAGCAGCAGCAGCCCGGUGCCAACACUGGCUCCACCGAUGGCUCCUCGUCCAAGUCCAGACGCAUCAAGGGAGACCAGCUCGUCGAGAUGCGUCUCUACGUGCCCGGUCAGGCGGCCAAGGACGACGGCAGCGAUGCAGCGAGCGCAGCCGAUGACGACGACAACAACGAGGAGACCGCAGCAGAGGCGUUCCACGAGGCGCUCAAGUCCAAGGCUGACAUCGGCCAGGUGGCGGGCGACUCGAUCGUCGUGUUCAAGGAGGUGCUCGUGCUCACGCCGCGUGGUCGCUACGACAUUGACGUCUUUAGCACAUUCAUCCGACUGCGCGGCAAGACGUACGACUACAAGAUCCUGUACAGCUCCAUGAACAAGCUCUUCCUGCUGCCCAAGUCGGACGAGAUCCACGUGAUGCUCGUCAUCGGCCUCGACCCGCCCAUCCGCCAGGGUCAGACGCGCUAUCCGUACCUGGUGCUGCAGUUCCCGCGCGAGGAGGAGAUGGACGCCGAACUCAACCUCGACGACGAGACGAUCGCCACAAAGUACGACGGCAAGCUCAAGAAGCGGUACGAGGAGCCGACGUUCCGCAUCGUGACCAACAUGUUCAAGGUGCUGUCCGGCCAAAAGGUGGCGACGCCCACGGAUUUCGAGUCGUCGUCUGGACAGACGAGCAUCAAGUGCAACGUCAAGGCGGCCGACGGCAAUCUGUAUCCGCUCGAAAAGUCGCUGCUGUGGGUGUCCAAGCAGCCGGUCUACGUGCCCUACUCGGAAAUCCACCAGGCCAUCCUUUCGCGUGUCGGCGGAGCCGUGGCGUCGUCCAAGACGUUCGAUCUGCGCGUCAGCACCAAGGGCGGCACGGAUCAUACGUUCCAGUCCAUUUCGCGCGAGGAGCUCGAUCGGCUCAAGGCGUGGCUUGCGGAGCGCAAGGUGCGCAUCAAGAACGAGAUGGCCGAGGAGACGGGUGGACUGGCGGCGGCUGCGGCAGCGGGCCUGCUGAGCGACGACGACGAGGAGAUGGGCGCGGCGGGCGGCGCAGAUGACGACGAAGACAGCGAGGAGGACGAAGACUUUGCCGCCGAUUCCGACUCGGACGGCGGCUCGCCAUCCGAAGCGUCGUCCGACGACGAUGACGCCGGCUACGACGAGGGCGACGAGAGGCCAAAGAAGAAGAGGAAGGACUGA